GCCAAGGACUCCGGUUUCUGGAGGGGGAAGCAGACAGACGGACGGAUCUGCUGAAGGCUUCGCCGGACACACGGACGCACGCACAGACGCCUGAACCAAUCGGGGAGCAAGCCCGCCCGUUGGCUCCACAGACCCGCCCGUCACCAUGCAGAGGGAGGAGCUGUCGGCGAGGGAGGAGUUUGGCUACGACCUCAUGCCCACGUUGGAGCGGGCCACGGGGGGAACGGUCGGCCGGAGGUCUGAGAGGGACAGCUACACGGUGGACGUCAGGGCCAGCGACCUGCAGCUGCCCCGGGCCCCGGCCCUGCACCCCUGCCUCAGCUACCGCACCUGGCUCUACAGCGCCCUCAUAGGGGGCAGUUUGUUGAUCACAGCGGGGUUCUCUCUCUACCUGGGCAACGUCUUCCCGGCUGCCAUGGACUACCUGCGCUGUGCAGCGGGCUCUAGCAUUCCGACUGCCAUUGCAAGCUUUGCGAUCGCCAAGAACAGACACAUCGCGGUGUCAGAUUUCCAGGUGGUGUUUGUGUCGACGUUCGCCAUCACCACCACGUGCCUGGUGUGGUUCGGCUGCAAGCUGGUGUUCAGUCCCUCCGCCGUCAACAUCAACUUCAACCUGAUCCUGCUGAUCCUGCUGGAGGUGCUGAUGGCCAGCACGGUCAUUCUCUCCGCCCGCUCUGCGGAGGACUGCUGCCAAGGCAAGGUUUCUCUCCUAAACUUUCUCUCCUCCGUCUCCCUGCCCCGCCUCCUCCCCCCUCUCCGCUCCCCCCUCCCCCUCCUCCAGCCAGUCACCUGCGAGGGUCCCGUGGUUUUGACUCCGCCCACUUUCCCCGCCCGCCUGAUCAAGGUCUACUCCGUCAUCGAGGUGAUCGUGGGGAUCUCCGCGGUGCUGGGGGGCAUCAUCGCCCUCAACAUGGACGCCCUGGCCCCAGGUCCCCUCCUCUCCGUCACCUUCUUCUGGAUCCUGGUGGCCUGUUUCCCGAGUGCGAUCGGCAGCCACGUGGUGGCAGAGUACCCCAACAAGUGCCUGGUGGAGAUGCUCCUUGCCAUCACCAGUGUGACGUCCCCCCUGCUCUUCUCUGCCGCUGCCUUCCUCUCCUGCAGUGUGGUGAACUUCGCCGACAUCUUCCUGCACGACAACCCCGUCGCUAAGGCGUACGAGGUGCUGCUGCUCCUGCUGAUGUUGCUGCUGCUGGGGCAGGCUGUGCUGACUCUAGUGACGGUGCUGCACUGCGUCUCCUACAAGAGUCAGCUGCGUCUGGCAGGCCUGGUCAGAGCACAGAGCGCCAGCCUGCCAGCACACCACUGUGAGCAACCGGCGGCCAAUGGGACGCUGCGGGACUUCGACAAGGACAGGGCCUGGAAGGCUGUGGUGGUGCAGAUGGCCCAGUGAGGUCACAUGACCCAGGAGACACGAAGAGGGGACAAGACGGAAGGAGGGAGGGAGAAAACGAGAAGAUAGAGAGCCGAGAAAGGUAGCACAGCUCAUGUAAGUUGGGGGGUGGAAAAGAGAAGAGGAAAAGAGAUGAAGGGAAAGAAACAGUUUGAGCACUUUUUUUGUUUUGUUUUUCUCUCCGAAGCUGCAUCUCCUGUUUUAACAAUCAGCUUAUUUCCGCGUACAAUCUGUAGGCCUGGGACUCUAGACCGAAAGAGUGCUCCCAACUCCUCUGGGUUCACUUACUGCGAGCGCUAUAAUAGGCUUGGUUCCAUCAGAGUUGUGAAUAUUUAAUAGAGACCUUUUUAUACAAUUAACGGCUGUGUACAUUUCCUGCAUGAUUUUAAAUGACAUGUAGUUUUGUAGAUAUCUGGCCACCGAAUAAAAGUUUGAAUGUA